CGUGGACGCUUAUUGCGUAAUAUGACGUUUUGUUGGGAAAACAUACUAACUAACCCCGUUAACCAUGCAAAGCCCUCUCUCUCUCUCUCUCUCUCUCUCUCUCUCUCUCUCUCUCUACAGCCACUCUUCCUCUAAUUCCUAGGGGUUGGGGGGUCGGCUUAAUUUCAAUGUACGUACGUAAUCGGCCUUGAACUCCAAUUUCAUUCAGUUUAAGAUGGAUUCCUUUAGAGGACAAGGUGGCAUUCAGAUGCUGUUAACAGCGGAACAGGAGGCCCAACACAUCGUUUCCAGUGCUAGAAACUUAAAGAUAAAAAGGUUGAAGCAAGCGCAAGAAGACGCAGAUAGGGAGGUGGGACUCUAUCGCUCUCAUCUGGAAGCUGAGUUCCAAAAGAAAAUUGCUGAGACUAGUGGGAGCUCUGGGUUUAAUGCAAAACGGCUUGAAGUGGAUACUGAAGUGAAGAUUCAAAACUUGAAGGAAUCAGCAUCUACAAUCUCAUCUGAUGUGAUUGGCAUGCUCAUCAAGCAUGUUACAACAUUGAAUAACUGAUCUCAUGUGUACAUGAAGGCAGCCAUAAUGAGCAAAGAAGCCAGGAACAUAAUAUUAAUAAGCUGCAACUGCAUGCAUGCUGCAUAUAUAGCAGGCCAGAUGUAUCUACUCUCUUUCCAAUAAGCAUAUUUUGCCAUAUUCUUUCUUCUAAGCCUAUUAAUGUAGUCUUGAUCUGCAAUUAAUGAUCUUUUAUAUUCUUUAAAAUUCUUGCAAUCUUACCCAUUUAUUUUUGUUUCCAAACCUAGUCUC